AUGUCGCAAUCAAACUACAACUUCCUUGCCGAAGAUAUCUUUAGUGUCAAGGGCAAGGUUGCUCUUGUCACCGGUGGUGGAAGUGGAAUUGGUUUGAUGGCCACCCAGGCUCUUGCUGUGAAUGGGGCGAGGGUCUACAUUGUGGGACGAACAGAGAAGAAACUCGACACCGUUACCGCAACACACGGGCUGAAUAUCGCGGGCGAGAUCAUCCCUAUAACCGCAGAUGUUACUUCCAAGAGCGAAAUCGCCAAGUUAUUCAAGGAGAUCGAGUCUCGCGAGCAGCACCUCGAUAUCCUCAUCAACAACGCUGGCAUCUCAAGCAAUUCCCUAGAGACCGAAGUCAAGUCGGCAGAGCAAAUGAAGAAGAAUCUCUUCGAUGCGGAGGACUCCACUUUUGAGGACUGGGUCGAUACAUAUCGGUCAAACGUCCCACAGCAAUUUUUCAUGACAAUGGCAUUCCUCCCCCUUUUGCAAAAAGCUACCGAACAUCAACACGGAUAUUCAAGCGCCGUUAUCAACAUCUCCUCCAUCUCAGGCAUCGUCCAGGCGUCGCAGCACCACUUCGCAUACAAUGCGAGCAAAGCCGCCGCAGUCCAACUUAACAAGCUCCUAGCCGCGCAAAUUGCGGACAACGGGUUGAAAAUUCGGGUCAACAGUAUUGCACCGGGUGUGUUCCCAAGUGAGAUGACGACUGGUGAGAGUGGACCCGAUCAGAAGAGCUAUAUCCCCAAGGAGAAAUAUCAAAAGGUGCCUGCGAGAAGACCUGGGAAGGAUAGAGAUAUGGCUGCGGCCGUGCUGUUCACGGCAACGAACCAGUAUUUGAACGGACAGACUGUGGCAGUUGAUGGAGGCUAUAUUUUGCACGCUGGGGCUGCUUAA